GCAAUGUACAGCUUGGCAGAAGACUCUUCUCCUGUUUACGUAGGCUACGAUGCAUUGGCUGUACUAGAGCAGCUCAACAGCGAUCGAGUGCAUGCCACGGGAAACAACGAAAAUCAACAAACUGGACGGUUUUCUCUUGAUCAUUCAUUAUUCGAAAGGGAGGCUAUUGCAUCACCAUCACUGUCGCCAGAGAGUCAUAUUCGAAAAGAACGAAGUGCCACACGAAUUUCUGAUUCUGAAAAUUUUUGGCAAAACUUCAAUUCCAAGUCUAAACUUCAUGAACGUGAAAGCUCAUUGUCGACACAUAAUUCAGUUCAUGGUUUGGUGAGCUUCAACUUUGAUCAAUCUGUUGAUGAAAGAGUGUCCGGACAUCGUGGCUUUGACUUUGGUCAAUUGUUGUCUACUGAUCUUGGUGUCGAGAGAGAUUAUCUACAUUCUCAAUCGUUGCUGAACAAUGAAUCGACCAUAGUUGUUGAAAAAGAUGAAUAUGAACUCAAGACAUUGAGAGCUGCUCGAUUUUGUGCUGGCAAAAUUCAGCAACAGUGUCUGUUGUCUUGGCAUGAGUUUUGUUGCAAAAGACGACAUGCAGCCAAGAAGUUGUACUCACGACAUCUUCUUCGGAAAGGCCUAGAAGGAUUGGCUUGGAAUCUUAGAAUCAAACAGCAUGAAAGGAAAGCCAUACGACGGCAUCAAGAUGAAUGGCAGCAAAGGCAUUGCUUCAGUAGGUGGUACAAUCGUUUGGAAGCAAGGAGAUUACAGACAAUGAGAAGAUAUCUUGAUCGAUGGAUUACUGCUAGUAGACUCUAUAGAAAAAAACAAACGGUUACUACCAAAUGGCAAAUGCAGGCUUCCCGUUACUGCUGGACUGUUUGGCAUGAUAGCUACCAGACGAGAAGAAUGGAGAAGGUUGCUGAUACCCACUGCAGAGUGGUGUAUCUUAAUUUAUCAAUACGAAUGUGGAGGCAGUCGUUACAAGUAAGAAUGAAGACAACACUGAUGAUUCAAGAAAUGAGAGCAGCUUCAAACUGUAGACUGAUGCAGUCAAUGUUUUCUUUGAUGAGGCAAUCUCUUAAAGAAUCAUUGAUGGCUUUUUCACACUGCAGGCACUCGACAUUGUACAAAGGGUUUAGUAGGUGGCACAGGUGGUGUUUGUUAUCACGAGUUCGUCGCCAGCACAGAGACACUCGGAGUGCACAAUUUAGAGAUUCAACUAUUUUGCAGAAAUACUGGAGACGGCUGAGAGAUAUUAAGCAAGUCAGAGUCGCAGUUCGGUUUAAUCGAGUAACUCUCAUGAGAAGUGUUUUUCUUGGUUGGCAAACAGCAGCUCAAUUUGUGGCUGAAAAGAGUCACAAACUUCAUGAGUUAUGUGAUAAAUUUCUUAUGAGGCAUUCAUUUACCAACUGGAAAUCUGAGACAGAUGAUAUUAGGUUGAAACAUUUUGUUGCUAUGAAGAAAUUGAAUCAUUCCAUGAUGAGGAAAUCAUUCCGGCUCUGGCUUGUCUACAUUCAAACAAAGAUUGAUUUAAGACUGAAGUUACGUUUGCAUUUGCUAUGGAGAGAUGUCAACAUCCAGCAGAUUUGUCUUUCUACGUGGCAUCUUCAACACAGGGAAAAGUUGUUAAUUAAUCAGAGACAUUCAGCUUGGUCGAUUGACUGCACAAUGAAGGCUUAUCAUCGAUGGAGAGAACUUGUCUACAGUAGGUGUUUGGCCGAGCUGCUUGCAAUAUAUGUGAAAGAAAAGGAGGGUCAAAUUGUAAAAGCAUGUUUUGGUAAGUGGAGAACAAGGAUGAAUCAUUGCCUUGAACUUGCCAAAACAGGAAGAGAACUGAAUGAGAGGCUGACUACUUACCAGGUUUUGAAAAUCUUUAAAACAUGGCAGUUGCUGAUGUCAAGAAAAAUACGUGCAGCUGCUUUAAAAGAUCAGCAGUCAAAACGUCAACUAGGAAAUUGUUUUGUUGUGUGGAAAGAGUAUGUAAGAAAAAGGAAAAUUAUAGCAAAACACCAGUUUGAUUAUGAACGCAAACAAUCUAGAAGAAAUUUUGACUGCUGGAGACUAAGAUUGCAUGAGCAGCUGUGCAGUAUGGAAGUGAACAACUUUUCUGCAAUGAGAAUAUUACGGACAGCAUUAUCGACUUGGAAAUGUGUGUUUUUGAAAAGGAGCAUAUGCAUUACUUUUCGGCAAUCUGUUAGUCAGCGUGUUGUUCAGUCAUGCUUUGUUCGAUGGAGAACAAAGUGGUUGAUCAGACAUCAUGUUGUUUCAGACCAACAGGCAAGCGAAGCAAGAUCACAGAUUCUAAUGUUAACACAUUUGAAACUGUGGCAAAAUCAGACUCAGUUGUGUACAAUGAAAUCAAAUCAGAUGGGCAGAUUGGCUCUUCAGAUGCAUUCACGGCAUGUUCUUUGUCACACUUACAGAGUUUGGUGUCGAGGAAUGAAAACAUCUGAGUGUUGCAGGAAUGCUAUUCAUGCUCGAAAUAAAAAACUGCUGCAAAAGAUCUUCAUUGCAUGGCAUCAGCUCACCAAACGUGAAUUGGAUCUGGCUGUUAGGUUAUUUGAGUUAUCAGUGUCUGUUUGUUCCUCUCCUAUCAAAUCCAUGAACGUCACUAACAACUUACCAGUUUUUUCAUCGUGCCAUGACGACUCAGCUGUUGCCUUCACGAUAGACGAUGUUUCAAAUGUUAUGGAUGGCGUUGGUAGUGGUAUCCUUUCACAGACUGAUUGUGCAGGCAGGUUGUCUCAUAUCUUAGAGACAUCUCAGCGUUAUAACAGAAGUACAGACUUUGGUGACACAACAGUCACUGAAGAAGAGAUGACGGAACCUUUUAUGAGCAAGUCUGUUAGUAAAAGAGAUACGGCCCUUAAAGUCAUUGGACGGUUAACCUUGGGACAUGCAGUAGCUGUUGCUUUUGAUGCUUGGUUUCAACUGUCUGCCCAUAAUGUUCACCAACGUCAGAAGGCUCUAACCUUUCAGUCAAAAGUGCUUAAACAUCAUCUACAUGAGUAUUUUCUCAAAUGGCAGAGAAGAAGCAUGUCAUGUCACACAGCUUACAAUCACCAUUCCACUCAACUGUUGCGUAAGUUCUUCAAUCAAUGGAUUGUCUAUAUGCACUUGUUUCACCAGAAGCAAUCUAAGAAUAUUGUUGCAUUGCGAAUGCAAAGGGACUUUGUGCUUGUAACGUACUUCCAACUCUGGAAGGAACAGCUCAGGUGUAGAGUGACGACACGCACUAUAUUUCAGGCAUGGCACACAUGGGCCAUUAGUAGUGUGAUGCUACGUAAGAGGUUUGGUCAAUGUCAGAAAGUAGUGAACAGGUCUGCUACUUUUGUUGCAUUUACUCGUUUGGUUCAGGAAUAUCGUAUGAAGCAUUGUGCAACAUCCUUUAGAGCACAGAGUUUGCUAAGGUUAUUUAGUCGCUGGAAAGAAGCUACUGUCAGAGUUGUUGCUCUGCAGCAAAGGCUAAAUAUUCAUGAAGCUAGACAAUCAUGCAAGCAGCUUCGCCACGUGUUCACCGUAUGGAAAUUACAAAGUGAAGCUUUUUUGUUACGAUUUCGGCUACUAAACAAGUUUCUCUUGUGGAGAAAUGUCAGUUCAAUGUACCAAACCUUUAGUGUGUGGAAGAGUCAUCUUCUGACAGACAAAGCUGAUCAGUUUUAUCGUCAAAAUUUAAAGAAAUUGGUGCUUUGUAUGUGGCAACGUGGCACACAGUUAUCUGUAACAUGUGGAGGAUCUAACAGACCGAUUGCUUGUCAAUACAAUGAUACAGCAGUGUUAAAACGAUCAUUUCAAGUUUGGCUUGAUGCAUUGCUGGCUAUUCAAGACAAAGACAGAAGGGCAUGGAGUCAUCACUACCAGCAAAUUUUAGUACAGACAUUUCGUGCAUGGCGUAAUUUGUCUAAAGCUGAAGCUGUCACUAAAAGAGCCUACCUAUCACAAUGUUUGAAACAUCAAACUGAUUUGCAAAAGAGGUGCUUCAAUAUUUGGAGAGCUCACUUCCAGAAUUUGCAUCUACAACAGGAGUCAUAUGGUGCAGCAGCGGACAUGCAUCAUUUUGCCAAAUUGUGUUACCGGAUGCUGAAGCAGUGGAGGACCCAUUUGUUGAUGAAACGACACAGCAAAUCAAACGUCAAAAUUUUGUUGAAGAUGGGUUGGUACACAUGGAGGAAUCAUACCUGUCAGGCAGUAAAAGCAACAAAAUUGACAAAAUUCCGGUUACAGUUUGGUAUGUGGCGUCAGUGGCGCUUCCAAUUAACAGUAUCGAAUGUAUUGCAGAAAGUAACCUGUGCUGAUACAGUUCAAAGCUUACAAGAGGUGUUUAAUGCCUGGCAUUCUCAAACCCAAAUUCAACGAAAGUGUAGGCACUUGUUGGCUGUUACAAGAAAACGACAGAUGCAGAGAUACUUUUUGAAAUGGUUUAACGUUGUUUGUACAACAUAUUGAUGGGUAAUUCACGUUUACUUUUUAUUACAACUUAUGUCAUUUUUUUAUGUAUUACAUGCUCAGUUGCUGUAUUUUGUUGUUUUUAUAUAAAACAAAUAAAUCAAUGCUGGCAUUGGCCGACAGAGGUA